CAGAUAGUGUUCUGUUUCUUUUGUUAAUGGACUUCGAUCGUCUUAUCAGUUUCCAGAUAACGUUGUCGAAGGUGUGAGAGUGGCGCUUCUUUAAACAGAUUGAUAGAUUUAUGACUCCUAUGUGGAUAGCCGUGACGUUUAUGAAACGGCAAAAAUGGUCACCGUGCAAGACAUCGGUUUACAACUUACGAAGCCAGUGAGAGAGCUGGCACAAUGGAAUUUUCCCUUCGCUCAGACUCUGGAACAAUACUGCUCUUUGUUUAAUACAACGUGUAAUAAAAGUUUCGGCGAUGCCGGACUUGUUUUACAAAAUUCAACGGCUGUCUAUGUGCAUAGACUUGAUUCUCUCUGGACUAAAGUCGAGUAUUGCAGAGAUGUGUUAUCAACUCAAGAGCAAGAAGAGGCGAUAAAGAAUCCUAAAAAGAGAGAUAGAAAAAUGACUGAUGUAUGUUUUCACAAGUUUAAAACUGUCAACUUUGCAGAAGAUGUAGACAAACAUAUCGAUAUUAAAAAGAAUCAUGUAGCACAUGAGUCGGUUAAAUCUAAAAGCCGUCGAUUUACUCAAUUAGAGAAGAGUAUUGCACACGUAUCUAUCGACAUUUAUGAUGUAAACGGGGAGGUUAUUGGCAAAAAAUAUGAUUUCCGGUGCAAUCAGAAUUUAAGUAUGGAUGAUACAUUGGUUGAUGAAUUUGCGCCUCAAGAUUUUUAUUGUGGCGAUGUCUCUAUUAAAGAAAAAUCUUUGUCGAAUUCGUACAGACUUUCGUGCGAUACUUCGGCAUUGGAUUCUACUAUACAUAACAAUAAUAAUGAAAAUGUUAACACAUUCUCCGAGUUUGAAAGAGACAAUAAUUCGCCAGAAGAAGAGAUCUCUAAUUUGACCAUGUCUUUGGAGUUGAGCCAACAAAAUCUCUCUAUAUCUAGAAAUACUGACAACAUGUUUGUCAAAACGCCAACGAAUAUUUCAAGCGAUAAUUGCCACGACGUAACUCUCAUGAAUACUCUGAGUCAGACAUUUGCAAAUACACCAUCCCAUUCAAAUUCACCGAUAUUAACUAAUAUUGAUAAUACUGUUUUAUCGAAUAAUUUGGAAAAGCAAUGCUUGAACACUAAUAUCAACGAAAGUAUGCACUGUAUAGACGUUGGCAGUGUAUUAGAUAGCCCACCUGAGUCGGUGAAUUCGAAAGAAAGAAGAAUUUCAUCGAUAGAUGAUUCAGCGAUAUUAAACGAUACAAAUGGAGAUCUAACGCAAUCAAACUUAUGUAUUGAUUUUGUAAAAAAGACUCCUCUGAAUGAAAGUAAAAAAAUUAAAAUACGACAAUCUUCCACUUUAAAGUCUACUCCAAAAUUGUUGAAACAAAAUCACGCAUCGUGUAAAAGACGACGGAGUAUAAUGAAAAAAAAUCUCCUGCAUAUUUUGGAAAAUUCGUUUUCUUUAAAACAAAAAAAUAAGUCAAGUAUGUUUAACAAAAACUUGCGUUCUUGUAUGAAGUGCAUACGAGAGGAUGAUCCCUUGCGAUACGAAGAAGUGAUGAACGCAGAAUCAGAUCUUUUAGGAUUUCGAUUACAUACUGAUACCGAAUCGGACAUAUAUAUCAACGCCGUAACGACGAAUGUCGACGGUAACAUAACACCUUCGACCGAUAAGGAGAUUUCAGAAUUUCACAGUCCUAUGGAUAUGUCACCGAAUUCACCACACGAAACUUUCUGUGACGUUUGGUUUCGUUCAGAUUCACAUUUUUUAUCAGAAACUGUCGACCAGUGGCACGAGAUGAUACAGCCCAAAUUAUGCGACUUCGAUGUGAUCGAGAAUUUUUGCCGUUCAUCUGCAAAAUAUUGUCCACCGGGUCUCCCCGGCGCACCCGGAAAUCCAGGUCCUCCUGGCGAACAAGGUUUGCCGGGUGUCCCAGGGAUGGAAGGUCCGAAAGGACCGCCAGGACAGCCCGGUCAUCCUGGUGCCAGAGGAACUAAGGGUGACAUCGGUCCGCCUGGCUUCGACGGGAGAGAUGGGGUGCCGGGCGAGCCUGGUUUGGACGGCAUUCCCGGUAGAAGUGGUUUGGACGGCGUACCCGGGAGCAACGGUAAGCCAGGUGCAAACGGAUUGCCUGGAUCGCCUGGAAGAAACGGAACAGACGGAAGACCAGGACAAACGGGACCUCAAGGACCACCAGGAUCUCGCGGAGAUAUAGGUCCACCUGGUCAUCCAGGAGCACCUGGAAAGGAUGGCAAAUCAGGCAUACAGGCAUACAAAAUAAACAUGAAUGAUUACAACGAGAAUGACAUAUUAAUACCGCCAUCCAUCGUAGAGAUUACACCGUCGUUAAACUCAAGUGGCGUGAUUUCCGUGCAAGAAGGUAGCAAAAUACGACUGAGAUGUGCCGCGAGUGGGAAACCUCAGCCUGUUAUACAAUGGAUGAAAGCAGACGGUUCCAUGAUACCGAUGGGCCUUUGGCAUGCGAGCUCAGUUACGGGCCAUACGUUCAAUAUCAGUCUGGUGAACCGAGAACACAUGGGCGACUAUAUGUGCAAUGCUGAUAACGGAAUACCUCCGGCACGAUCUAAGAGAUUCAAGCUUCAAGUCAAAUUUGCGCCAUUCAUUCGUAUACGCAACCAAGUGGUACUUGUACGAAACCAAAAUCCAGCGACAUUGGAAUGCGAGGUGGAAGGCUUUCCCGAGCCGGUGGUAUAUUGGGAACGCAGUGAUGGUCGCCGCCUGAAAAUGUCGGAUAAGUACAGAACGGAGGUUUACGAUAGGCGUGAUAAUUACAAGCUGAAGAUGAAGCUGAGAAUCGCGAGGGUGACUACGUCGGAUCAUGGGACUUAUCACUGCGUGGCAAAAAACGAUUUUGACACUGUCAAGGGAUCCUUUAUAGUAGACGACGACAUAAAAGACGUCGAGAAGUACAAAUCAGGAAAGGAGGAGCACAUAACAUAUGGUCAUCCUAUGCCCAUGAGCGUUGAUCAGGAGCAAGAAUUGUGCAUCCCUACGCAAGAAACCUGCACGUGCCCAAAGUGCACAUACACAGAUAUAAUAGACCAUCUGCAUGUUCAACCAUUGAACGAUAUUAAUAUUAUGCGACCACCGCCGCGGUCAACCGAAGGUUUUAUAGAGGCUAUAGGAAAACCUGUGCUGAAAGGAAACAUGGACGAUCACUACGGAAGUUGGAUGCACGAUGCAUCCAACGAUAUCAUGCCUGACAGAUUUUGGGUUACUCGCCACAACGAUACAUUCUACAUCUAUGAAUACAAAUCGAAGGAAGACUUCAAGAACAAUACGGCGCUUAAGAAAAAAUUACCCUAUGCUUUCCAGGGUAACGGACAUGUAGUUUACGAUAAAUCGUUUUUCUACAAUCCCAUUCAUCGAUCGACGGUCCUUCGAUACGAUCUCUACGCGCCCUCGGAUCAUCAGAGAUGCAAGCCGGUCUCUUCCGAAUGCGAAAUGCAGCUUCCGUGCUUGGAGGUCGACGGCCAAAACUACCUUUACACGCGCAAUUUUACCUACACGGAUUUCAAUGUAGAUGAAAAUGGUUUGUGGGUCAUUUACCCAUUAUCCCCUAAUUGUAGUGGUAAAAAUACGGUGGUAGUGAAAAUGGAUCCCACUAAAAUGAUCAUUCAAUACGCGUGGAAUAUCAGUAUCGAUCACCGUCGUUUUGAAGAGAUGUUUAUUGCAGGAGGCGUGCUUUAUGCUAUACGCAGUGUCACCGACGAUACUAUGGAGAUACGAUUCGCCUUCGAUCUCUACAAAAAUACGACGCUGGAUGUAAACUUGUCGUUUACAAAUCCGUAUCACAAAACCACGGCAGUUAGUUAUAAUCACAAGACUAAGGAGUUGUAUACGUGGAAUAAAGGCAACCGAUUAGCUUAUCCCGUGAAAUGGCAGGAGGUUGAAAAGGAAUCAUCUUCACGAUACACGCAUGUACCUCGAAGAAACGUACGUAGGAGCAUCACUAAUCGCCGCGAGAACGUUAAUUAAACAAGUUUGACGUGUAACGAGUUCUCUCCCUUCGAGCCUUCUCGCGAGCGUAUUUAUCUUGUAACACGUGCCAAAAUAAAACAGUUUA